CGGAAUGCGGCGUUGAUCAAAUCCCCAGCAGGCCGUUGUUAGUUGGUCUGCUUUCCUAGAGUUUGGGUGAAUAGAUAGAAUGUCGGGUCACGAAGUGCGACUCCCUCGGCAUGAGAAAGACAGACAGGUAGAAUAUUCGGCGCUAGCUGGACAUUCAGUUAUUGCUGCUUGUAUUUAUCAACUGUCAUUUUUUUUGUUUUUAUUUUUUUGCGUUAGACAUCGCAUGGAAGACACAUCUCAAGUAACUGAUACCAAUAGCAAAAAGUUAUAAGAAGGGCAGUAGAACAACCUGAUCAAACUUUCAAUUGAUGCUGCUGUGCAUCAUGGAAAAGCUUAUCAGAGUGCUAACACCAAAGACGGUACUUGGACCUAUACUAACCAAGGAAAAUGACGUGAAC